AGUCCUCGCUCAGGGCUCGCGCGCUCCACUGGCAUCCUUCGCUCCUUGAACCUAAACACAUUGUUAAAGCCAGUGUGAUAAAUCUGAUGAACUCGCGUGCGGGCGUCUGAUGCGCGGGUCGGACCAGUGAUCCUUCUUUCUUCCUCGCGGGUCUUUUCUUGUUGUGGAUGAGCGCAGGACGGCAGCGGUUGCCAUGACGACAGACGAGGCCGAGAGUCAGCAGAAGAAGCCGCGGCAGCAGGAGGAGACGGGGCAGGACGUCCGGCCGCCGUCCCCCGAGGACGAGCAGCUGCGGCCCCGGAACCGGAACUCGGCCGGCCGCGGCCUGUCCCGCCUCUUCUCCUCCUUCCUGAAGCGGCGCUCGCAGUGCGACAGCGACGGCGGCGGCGGCGGCGGCGAGAGGGCGGAGCGGGACGAGGACGAGGCCAAGGCCCCCAUCGCCGACCCCGAGCCCGAGCUGAGGGCGGAGGGAGACCAGCACUCUGUAAGCAGUGCGGAGGUUCAGGUCGUCCAGGGGGAGAAGAAGGAGUGUGAGGAGGAGACGACCGCGAAGGAGGAGAAGGAGGAGCAGGUCGCCGUGGUGACGGAGCAGGACAAGGAGAAGGUGGAGGAGGAGGAGGAGAAGGAGAAGGAGGAGGAGGGAGGGGGUGAAGACGGAGAGAAGGAGGAGAAGGAGGAGAAGGAGGAGAAGGAGGAGAAGGAGGAGAAGACUGCAGAGGAGCCCAGAGGCCCCCGAGCCCCACGCAGACCCAAGACCAUGCAGAUCACCGUCACCCUGCUGGACGACACCGUGUUCGAGUGCGAGCUGGAUAAACAUGCCAAAGGCCAGGAGUUGUUCAUGAGGGUGUGUGACCACCUCAACCUUCUGGAGAAGGAUUAUUAUGGGCUGGGCAUCUGGGACACACCCACCAGAAAGACCUGGAUGGACCUGACCAAGGAGAUCCGCAGACAGGUUCAGGGCUCCACCUACAACUUCACCUUCAAUGUGAAGUUCUACCCUCCGGACCCGGCGCAGCUGUCCGAGGACAUCACCAGGUACUACCUGUGUCUGCAGCUGAGGAAGGACAUCCUGCAGGGCCGUCUCCCCUGCUCCUUCGUGACCCUGGCCCUGCUGGGGUCCUACGCCUUGCAGUCGGAGCUCGGGGAAUACGACCCUGAAGUGCACGGCGGCGACUACGCCAAGGACAUGAAGAUGGCUCAGGGCCAAACCAAGGAGCUGGAGGACAAGAUGAUGGAGCUGCACCGCACAUACAGGUCCAUGCCUCCAGCCCAGGCCGACCUCAUGUUCCUGGAGAACGCCAAGAAGCUGUCCAUGUACGGAGUGGACCUCCACCAGGCCAAGGACCUGGACGGUGUGGACAUCAUGCUGGGAGUCUGCUCCAGUGGCCUGAUGGUCUACAAGGACAAGCUGAGGAUCAACCGCUUCCCCUGGCCCAAAGUGCUCAAGGUGUCCUACAAGCGCAGCAGCUUCUUCAUCAAGAUCCGCCCGUCCGAGGUGGAGCAGUAUGAAAGUGCCAUCGGGUUCAAACUUCCAAAUUACAAGGCAGCCAAGAAGUUGUGGAAAGUGUGUGUGGAACAUCACACCUUCUUCAGGCUGACCUCCACUGAGAUGGCCACCACUCCCAGGAAGUUCCUGGCUCUGGGUUCGAAGUUCCGGUACAGCGGCCGGACCCAGGCCCAGACCCGGCAGGCCAGCUCCCUGAUCGACCGGCCGGCGCCGCUGUUCCAGAGGUCGUCCAGCAAGAGGAACUCCCGCAGCCUGGAUGGAGCCAUGGCGUUGACCCCCGACAACCGGUCCAGCCGUCCGGUCAGCGCCCCCAUCAUGUCCCCGGUGUCCCCCGGGGAGGCCACGCCCUCGCCGCUGCUCGCCGGCCUGCACCGCCCCGACCGCCGCGACGGCCCCGCCCCCCGGGGCCGCCGCCCGGCCCACAGGAAGGCCGAGCCCAAGGCCGAGGGCCAGCCGGCGUCCCCGGCCUCCAGGAGCCACGGCGCCAAGGCGGAGCCGAGCCCGGACCUGAAGACGGCGGCGUCGAGGAGAGAGCGGCGCCACUCGCCCUCCGGACCCGUCGCCAACGGGGAGAGGGACAGGAAGAGCCAGCACGCUCUGCCGGACAGAAAGGCCGACGUGGUUCGAGUGAGGAAGAAGAGAGCUAAGAAACUUGAGGGUGAAACUAUUUAUAUCAGACAUAGCAAUUUAAUGUUGGAGGAUCUGGAUAAAACCCAGACGGAGAUCAUGCGUCACCACACCAGCAUCAGCGAGCUGAAGAGGAGCUUCAUGGAGUCGGUCCCGGAGCCCCGGCCCAGCGAGUGGGACAAGCGCCUGUCCACCAACUCGCCGUUCCGCACGGCGAGCAUCAACGGCCAGCUGCAGCCGGCGUCUCCUCUGCUAAAGACCCAGACAAUCACUAUCUCAGACGUCACCAACUCAGUAAGAGGAACUGUCUCCUACCCGGACGUCCCCUUAGUUCACACUGAAACCAAGACCAUCACAUACGAGUCAGCACAGCCGGUGGACAACGUGGCCGAGAGGGACUCGGGAGUCCUGCUGAGUGCCCAGACCAUCACCUCCGAGACCAUCAGCACCACCACCACCACCCAGAUCACCAAGACGGUGAAGGGAGGGAUCUCAGAGACUCGCAUCGAGAAGAGGAUCGUCAUCACUGGAGACACUGAAAUCGAUCACGACAAGGCUUUGGCUCAGGCCAUUAAAGAGGCCAAAGAGCAGCAUCCAGACAUGUCAGUCACCAAAGUGGUGGUUCACCAGGAAACAGAAAUCAGCCCGGAGUGAGCCCAGCCGGUCCUCUGGAGGGCCUCUCAACUUGCCGUCCGUCCGUCCGUCCGUCCCCUCGUGUGUCCACCGCACCGUUACCUCGGCGCCCGUCGUACCAGCAGCCCCGCCCCCCACGUGCACC